CAGUACACGCCUUCCCGCGAUAUAUUCGGUGUCGCCCAGCACUUAUAAUCCCACUGAAUCUUUUCCUACUACCAGGACCUGCUCCGGAGCAUCAGCGCCGUGCUCAAUGAGGUUCCAUCCCUUCCUCGCAGUCCUUGCUGCCGCAGCCUUUGUUCAUGGCGAGAUAUACUCUGACCCAGCUGAGAUCAUCGACGAACGUUACGACUAUGUCAUCGUCGGCGCUGGUGCAGGGGGCAGCGUCCUGGCUAACCGACUCACAGAAGAUCCCAGCAAGAAGGUCCUACUGAUUGAAGCAGGAUCUAGGCAAGCCGACUACAAAAACUUAAACAUAGAAGUCCCAUGGUUCGCAGCGUUGCUGGCCAACUCGAGAUUUGACUGGAAUUAUACUACCGUACCGCAGCCUGGAUUGAACAACCGCUCCCUCCCGUUCCAACGAGGUCGCGUACUGGGGGGAUCCACGGCAGUCAAUUACAUGAUCCAUAACCGCGGCUCUCGGGAUGAUUGGGACCGCUAUGCUGAAGUUACCGGAGACAAGGGAUGGUCCUGGGACGCCAUGUAUCCCUACAUGCUGAAGAUCGAGAAACUGGUGCCUCCAGCGGACGGUCACAACACCGACGGCCAGAUAGACCCUUCCAUUCACGGCACAGACGGACCACUUGCUAUCAGUCUUCCGGGUUUUCUGCUAGGGACGGACGAAAGAGUCGUCAACGCCUCGCACGAACUCCCUGAAUUCCGCUACAAUAUCGACCAGAACUCCGGGGAUAUGAUAGGAAUUGGCUGGGCACAGUCCACGAUUGCAAAUGGUACACGCACAACGUCUGCCGGUUCCUAUAUUGAGCCUGCCCUUCUACGCCCCAACCUGGAUAUCCUAGUCGAUACCCAGGUCACGAAAGUGUUGCAGACAGGCAAUCAUGAUGGCACGCCGGUAUUUCGCGGAGUAGAGUUCGCGCAGUCUGCGACUGGCCCCCUCUUUCAGAUUAACGUCACCGACGAGGUAAUCCUUGCUGCAGGCGCGAUCAAUACGCCACAAAUACUACUACUUUCUGGAAUCGGUGAUUCCGCAGAACUCACUCCUCUUGGCAUCGAGACCCUGGUAGACCUGCCUGAUGUCGGAAAAAAUCUGCAGGAUCACCCCUUGCUGACCUCAUCGUAUACCGUCAACUCCGACGAUACCCUCGAUAACUUGAUAAGCGACGCAGCCUAUGCUGGGCAGCAAUUCGCUCUGUGGCAGGCCAACCGCACCGGUCAGCUCGUGCUUUCACCUACAAACCAAAUAGGCUGGUUCCGACUGCCCGAGAAUGCCAGCAUCUGGGAGACGCACCCCGACCCCACUGCCGGGCCCACGUCUUCCCAUUACGAGUUUGUUUUCACUGACGCGUACAUUUCGUUUGUGGGCGGGCCCCGACCCUCCGGUCACUUCUUCACUGUCUUUACCAACGUGAUUUCUCCCACUUCCCGCGGGAGUAUCACGCUCAAGAGCAGCAACCCAUUCGACCCGCCCCUGAUGGAUCCCAACAUGCUCGGGACAGACGUGGACACCUUCGUCAUGCUCGAGGCGGUCAAGGCGGCUCGCAGGUUCAUGUCGGCGCCCGCCUGGAACGGCUAUAUCCUGGAGGAAUACGGGCCGUUCGCAGAGGUACACACCGACGAGGAGAUCAUCGCGUAUGCUCGCAAGUACGCUUCAACAGUUAACCACGCUAGCUGCACAGCGGCGAUGGGGAAGCGAGGCGUCGUGGGUGAAGGGAAGGGCGUACUCAACCCGGAUCUUACGGUAAAGGGAACGGUUGGGCUGAGGGUCGUCGAUGCUUCCGCUUUCCCAUAUGUGCCUGCGGCGCACCCGAUGGCGCCGGUAUAUCUGUUGGCUGAGCGGGCUGCUGACUUGAUCCGCAUGUCCGAGCUUCUGGAUUCCCGUGCUGUCCUUGAUGCUAGCAGACCUGGCGAGUGGCGGCUGAUGAAUCAGUUGCAAGAACUGCUUCCUUUCAGAUUACCUUUCUGA